AUGUCUAAAAAAUUAGGUGAGCUUGUGGUCGUUGUUAUUAAAGCGCGCAAUUUAAGUGCCCGCGAUGUCAUUGGGAAGGGGGAUCCUUUUGCCACAUUUCGGAUAGCAGAUAUGGCUAAAAGAACGAAGACAGAUAGACGAGGCGGGCAACAUCCGGAAUGGGAUGAAGAACUACGCUUUCAAAUUAUGGAUGACUCGAGACAUAAAGUAAUGAAGGUUCAAGUUUACAACGAAGAUAAACGAGAGCAUGUUCUUGUAGGUGAUGAAACCAUUAAAUUAGACGAAGUGUUUAAUAGUGGCGAAUGGGAUGCUUGGCAUGAAAUCAAAUUUCGUAACAAAUACGCCGGGGAAGUUUUCCUUGAAAUGACGUUUUAUAACGCUGGUGUCCCACCUCCAGUAGAAAGACCGCCACAACCAACGCCUACAGCUCAAUAUACACCUCAGCUCUCCACUGCAUAUAGGCCUCCAAAUCAAAAUGCUCAUCCCACUAUGAAUAAUAGUGCACCAAUUUCUUAUCCUCCACAAACUGCUUAUUCUCACAAUUCUUCACCAAUCCCACCUAAUUCAUCUCGACCUCAAAGUAAUCCGCCGUACAAUCCG